AUGGUUGCCAUUCCUGGCCAGCUGCUCAGCUCGCUGGUGACGCGCGACUCCGCCAGCUCUGAAUCCGCAUAUGUGCCCAUAAUCAACAGGAAAGAAACCAUCUUGGCCGUCAGCAUCUCUUUUCAAAUCGUGGCCUGGGCUGCUGUACUUUUCAGACUCUAUGCCCGAAUCAAGCUCACACGGGCGUCCGGUUGGGACGAUCUGAUCGUAGUACUCGCCGUCGUUUCAGCGACCAUUGGCACAUCGUUUGUCUUCUUGAUGCUUGACAAUGGCCUCGGACAACACGUUCUGUCCAUGACGCUGGCCUCUUACCAGACGUAUAUACACUGGUUUUGGGCUGGGACCAUUUCGUACUUUUGGGCCACCACACUCAUCAAGGUCUCCUUGUUGCUGCAGUACCUCCGCUUGUUCGAAAAGCGUUCAAGAACUUACUUUAUCAUCAUCGGUCUGAUCGUCCUGAUUUCUCUCUGGGGCUUUACAUACAGCUCUUUGCUUGCCUUCGCCUGCUCUCCUGUCAACAAGUUCUGGGAAUACACCAGACCUGGCAAGUGCUUCGGAUUUGGAGCUGGAGCCAACGAUCCCAAGACUUUUUUCACCGCGUUUGCGACACACUCUGCAACGAACAUGGCCUUCGACAUCAUCGUAUUUGCUUUCCCCAUAUUUUCCUUGUCCGCCAUGGACCUGGAGGGCAAGCGAAAGUAUGCCAUUGCUGGCCUGGCGGCGCUGGGUGCCGUAGUCGUGGCUAUCAGUGUCGCCCGCUUGGCAAGCAUCACCGAGACGCGUGCCGGAACGUAUCCCGUUACCGAUCCAACCUGGCUGGCAACAACAUCCAUCGUACUGUCCUGUCUCGAAGUCAAUAUCGCAGUCCUUUGCGCGAGUAUUCCGAUUUUCUGGCCCCUCAUUUCCGCCCUGACCUCGGGCAAGAUCUUUGUCGUGGAUGAAGUCAUUGUGCACACCGAGGAGCGUGAGCAGCAACGUCCGGACACACCGGGAUCUGAGACGGAGCUUCGGACAUACCACAGCAGGACAAGCGGCAGACAUACGCCGGACGCCUCCAAGCACUACAAGGACCCGUUCGUCGUGGAUCACGUGCGUCCGAUCGGGACAGAAAUUAUGGGAAACGCCUCACACACUGUGAAUGUGGAGCAUACGACAGUCCCGUUGGGUCAGAUUGAGCGACUGAUGCAAUGA